CUGGAUGACUGUCCCUUUUGUUCAUGGAAACUCACAACUGAGAAUGGUGUGGCCGCUUCUAAGUUCCAACUUCCACUUUGAUUUUAUUCCAGUCAGUCUGUUCAACAUGUUUUUGUCUUGUUGAAAUACAACCAUUCAGUUGGAUUUGAAAUGUUUGUAAGUACCAUCACUUUCCUUCUUGGGUGAACUUCAAUCAUGAAUUGCCUCAGUGUGGUAUUAUCCAAUUUCAACCCCCCUUUUGUGCAUGUUACGUUUAUUUGGCAGGUUUACUAAUAAUCUGACACUUGAGUGACUUGGAUAACCUGAUCUGAAGAAGCAUUAGGAACCAGUCACACUGAUUGUUCGAUGUACUCCUGGAGUUUUUGCAUGUCCUAGCAUUGAAACAUAACAUUAUCAUGAUUGUUGUCUCAGUGGGCUCACAUGAAUAAGAUCCUGUAUAACCAUUAAUGUUAUUCUUCCUUUUGUACUAGUAAAUCAAAAUUACGAACAUCCACUACCGAUCUAUUUGGUAUUUUGGUGCAUGUCUUCCCCCAGCCCAGGUAAGAAGGUAACUCCAAUUUUGACGGUGCAAUUUUCUUUGUGUAUGACUUUUGGAUGCUCCCUAUUUAUCAGAAAUUAUAAUCAGGGAGUCCCAUUAUAGAUCCGCUCUGCAAUACCAUGAAAUAUCUUUUAUGGACCUUCAGUUGUGCUGGUAAACUAAAGUGGGAACUCUCUACAAGUCAGAAGCUUAUCUUGUGUUAUGUGUUAUCAAUGUUCAGUUUCUGUACUGGUUUCUACAGUAAUUAGUCAUGUUAACUCAGGUGCAUUGCCAAGUGUUACGCUUAAUAUGACGAUUUCAUUAAUUUUCCCUUUUAAAUUGCUUAAAUGUGCUAUUUUAAUUUUAUCCUUGAAAUGUAAGUAGAAGACAGCAGAAUUGUGAUAAACCUCUUCCUAGGCAUCUAUUAGGAUGCAGCAACUGUACAUCAGUUUGUAUUUAAUGCACAAACAUCAGUUUUGAGCUUUUGCCCCUACUGUGGCUGCCCCUUUCCUUCUUGUACUGCCACGUAGCAGCAACAUCACAUUUUAUGGCAAGCAACUUACAAAAUGAUGCAACCAUUGGGCUAUAAAAUGGAGGAAUUGUAAAUGCAUUUUUUUUGUACAGCCGAAAGAAAAACGAUCCCAGCAUCAAAUGCAUCUCUUUUCCCAGAACAAAUGCCUGAAACAUUCUUUCCUGCUUAGGCCUGGCUGGCUCUGACCUGAUCAGUGGCUAGCCAUACCCUAUCUGUUCACUCAGUUUGACAGCCAUAAUCAAGAAAAUCUUCCCAAGUAUGUCGAAGCAGAGCAGUGGCAGUGUGUGUUCAGUGCUCAUGCUCAGAAGAAAACGAUUCAUUGAAAAAAUUGAAGAGGAUGGUUUUCAGUUCCCAGUCUAUUCCUCUCCCUAAUUAAUCAGUUUUACUUCCCUGUCCACAGUGGGUCUUAAUUCACAUAAUAUGUGCCUUGAAGUGUUGAAUGCGGCUUGUGACUUUUGGGUUCUCCAUACAGCCAUCCUAUUUAUCUGUGAGACUGUGACCUUUGCGCUAGCACUGCUCAGAACAUCCCUCUGAAUCCGUGGCAACCAGCAUUCUUGCAGAAGUCCUGGAGUGAUCAGAGGAUGGACAAGUCUUGCACACGAUGCAAGGAUUACGUCGCACAUCAAUAUUGGGACCACAUGGAUAAUCGGAAAAAGCGUUUCUUUAAGCUUAUGCUUGGCAAUUUCAGGAAUGGAGUGACCAUACCAGAGAAGUUUGUGCGCAGUGUUGGAGGAAUGAUCUCUGAACUAGUCAAACUAGAAACCCCAGAUGGUAAUACAUAUAAUGUUCAUAUUGCCAAGGAACUGAAUAAUCUAGUCCUUCGAUCUGGAUGGUCAAAAUUUGCCAGUGUUUAUGAGCUUCAAGAGGGUGACCUUUUGAGGUUCAAAUACAAUGGGGACUCCCACUUCAAAGUUGAGAUCUAUGAUCCAAGUGCUUGCGAGAAAGAGAUAUACUGCGUUGUAAUGAACCACAAUCCAGGUCUCCAAAAACGGAGCGUUCCUCAUGAUAAUCAAAUGUUAUCACCGGAGGGUGAAAGGCUAGCAAAGCGUCAGAAUGGUUGCUGCAGCGACGGUUGCAAAACUUCAGAGAUGAAUCCAGCAGGCUCUCCACACAAACCAACUAAAAAGGAAGUCCCAUCUUCUGAAGAUGCCAGGAGUUCGGGUGAACGUAAGACUUUCACCAGGUCUCACUAUUUCUUGGCAACAGGGUGCAACCUGACUGAUGCACAUAAGGUGGAAGUCGACAAAAUUGAACAAAAUAUCAGGCCCGAGAUUCCACUAUAUGUCAAAACCAUGUCCAGUGCCAGUCUGGUUGAUGGAUUUCUGGUCAUAUCUCAUAUGCAAAGAUGACGCUAUCAAACACCUUCCACGCAAAGACGAAUUCAUCACACUUUGUCAUGCCAGUCAUAGCAAGACAUGGGGUGCUCAUUACAAUAUCAAUGCUGAUGAUACAUAUCAUCUUUCUGCCGGCUGGUUGAGAUUUGUCGAUGACAACCAGUUGCAAAAAGGCGAUACUUGCGUGUUUGAAGUAUUAAAGAGGCAGAGAAGUUUCACAAUGGCAGUUCAUCUGCUUAAAGCAAGCCAUCAUCAACCGCCAGGAUUUCCCACUUCUUCCAAUAGUCUUAGGCCUGAAGUCAAGAGUUUUAGGCCUGAAGAUAAAGUGAGGUUGUCACGAUUCACCACUCUGGAGGGCCUGCUGAAGACUAAAGUAUAUGAGAAAGUAGAAGCUAUUAAGCCUGAAAUCCCUGUUUUCGUGUCUAUCAUGAUGAAAACCAAUGUUAGCAGCAGAACCCCCAGUUUGGCCUUCAGUCUGGAUUAUGCCAAAUAUUUUCUCCCUGGUGAGAACCAAAUUUUCAGGCUUCAUCGGCCCGGGGAAAGCGCUCCAUGGAAAGCUGAAUUCAGGAGCUUUGGUUCAAGGCGUUGGCUUGUUAAAGGCUGGGAGCAGUUUGUCAUCGACAACGAACUGGAACUAGAUGAUGUCUGCCUCUUCGAGCGGAUUGAAAACAAGAAGAAGCUCAGGAUGAUGGUCCACAUCAUCCGAAAAGAAGAGUACUGUUGAUUUGCUCCCUUUUCUGCCUGUGCUUUUGUAACCGGGAAGUUUAGUAUUGUCAGUGGAUUUUGUGUUAGAAUUUCCCGAUGAUCAAUGUCCCUGCUGACUCAUCCGACAAAAUCUCUGAAUGUGCCUCUGUUACAAACUAAAUUACCUAGAUAUGAUGUUACUAAGUUGUUAAUUAGUUUGUGUUAUAGAAUUAUGAGCACUUCCUAUUUUAAUUUUAAAUAUCAGUAUUAAGAUACUUCAGAUAUUCGUUGGGGGACAUAUCCUCAUAAAAUGCACAAAUUCUGGCAAUCCCACGAAAUGUAUGUGUAAAAAUUCGAGAAGUUAUGUAUUGUUCUACAUUCAUGCGAAAAUUUAACUUAAGAUUGAAGUACUCUACCAGUGAGAAAGAAAAAGACAGUACUGACAGUACUUGGCAAACUAUUCAAUUUCACCAAGCAUUGGUUCUUGGAUUUUUCAAUCUUCCAAUGCCUAUGUUAAUAUGUUUUUGUAAAACCUCUAAUGCCUAUGUACUGUAUGUUAAUAGUAUUGUCAAUGGAUUUGCUGGGUCACUUCUCUUACAAUUGUGUGCUGCAACCAGGAGGCAAUUAGCUAAGAUCAGAGUCACUUUGAUUACAGUUACUUCAUGACAUAAUUUAUGGUACUUGAAUGAAUCACUGUAAGGAAAUAAAUUCUGAGCACUGUCCACUCAACUUACUAGUACUACCAACUUACCUCUCCCCAAGAUGAAAUUAAACAUAGCACAAAUCUGCCCUGGUGACCCCACCUUUCAGUAGGCGAGGUCCAUGAAUACCCAGCGUCCACUGGUCUCCACUGAGCUGUAACUUAUAGGUGAAAUCUAUUUAGGUAUGCAGUUACUCUUCUCACCCUCACCAAAGAACUACUACUAAUAGUCUCGUCAGCCAGCAGAACUCUCACUCAUCAGGAAGAAUCAGGGAAUGCAUGAAGAGCAAGGCAAGCCCAACUCUCUCUCUCUCUCUCUCUAUCUCGCUCUCUCUCUCUCUCUCUCUCUGCCGUGGCUGAGGAUGUUGCUUGUGUGAUUGUUGAAUGGCAGAUGAGAUGAUGGGUGAGAAAGGGUGUGAGAGCUGCAAGAAGUGGCAGGAGCACUACUACUGGGAGCACAUGGACGUGAGCAAGACCAAGUUCUUCAAGCUCAUGACACAAGAUUCCCAGCAGCGCUUUCGCAUACCGGACAAGUUUGCGAGCAGCUUCAUCAGGCAGACGCAGAGCUCGCAGGGAUUUGACCUGGAAGCACCAAGCGGCGAAACAUGGCAUGUGGGUGUUACCAAGGUUGCCAAUGACCUGUUCUUCAGUUCGGGAUGGGGAGAUUUUGUCAAGGCUCAUGAACUGCAGGAGAAUGACCUCCUGGUCUUCACAUUCAGCGGCAACUCCUCUUUUGAGGUCCUCAUCUUCGAUGCGACCGGUUGCGAGAAACUGUCUUCUCUCUUCGCUGGCGCUGGUAUGCACAAACAUUUUGAUGGUAUGGUGGGUCAACAGGUUGAGCAAUACUCUCCGAGUGAUGAUUCUGAUGAAGACGACGACAAUGAUGAUGAUGAUGACGAUGACGACGAUGAUACAAGUGUACCGUCUCAGUUGAUUGAAUCCCCUCACAAGGUUUCCACUUUAAGGAAAUUCAGUGGAAAGACCAAACCAAGGAAAGAGCUUCGUGAAUCACCAAACAGUAGCAGCUCAUGCGAUGUUAAGCAUGAGGAAACUGAGGAAGAGGAGAGUGAUGAUGACACAUAUGCUGACUUCGACUACUGCUACUCGAGGGCUGCGAAGCAACUACCCGACGACGAAAAAAGUGAAAUAAUCGGGCUGGCUUCGAUCCAACCGGGCAAUCCAGCAUUCAUGACAGUUCUGCUGAGGGCCCACCUGCAACACAAGAACAAUUUUCUGGUCAUCCCCAGUGAAUUUGUAGACGAACAUCUCCACAUGAGAUCACAUGAGGUUGUGCUCCUCAGGCCAAACAGAGAAGAGAGGUGGCAUGUCAGGUACUACCAGGGGAGCUCCAGCAGAGGCUUCAGGGGCCAACCUUGGGCCAAGUUCGUCCGUGAAAAUGAACUGCGCGAGGGGGAUGUCUGCGUCUUUGAGCUGAUCAAAGGCGCGAGGAAUGAGAAGAAGCUGGCGAGGACUACGAUGGCCAUCCAUGUCGCCAGGAGGAGGAAGUCCAACGGCCGGUUUGCCUUAGUGGACUAAGUUCCUGCAGUGUGGGAAGUGCGCUGAAUAUUUUGGCAUGUAAUAUGCAGUGUAGAUAUGUGCAAGUGCCUAGUACUGAAACCUGCUGAACUGGGAGUUCUUAGCUGGUGUGAGCCGUGUGCUGAAUGUUUCUGAACCGGAGGGGAAAUCACCACUGAUCUUCAUCAACAAUGUCUUUCCGCUGCCCGCCAUUAGAUGUGAGUAGUGCACCUCCAAGACUAAGGGUUCAUAGUUUUAUGUAUAUGGUAAGAUCUGUCUUUGUGUUUCUAAUGUUUAGAUGACAUGAGCUGCCCUUUGUACUACCUCACUAAGGGUAAAACACUGCAUAACUCCUUGACAGUGGAUGUUAUGUCUUCAACUA